AUGCGGGAAGGCCAGCCAGAAGAGGAGAUGCCGCCCGUCCCGCCUGAUUUGCAAGACCUGGUGCCCCCGGGCCAUUACCUGGCGAUCCAGUACAACGGCUAUUUCAAACAGGACGAUGUCGAGGCCACGAAGUACCCGGCGUGGGUUCGACUCAGCGAUCCAGACGAUCUUACCCGCGGCCGCUUCUACUACGGCUGCCUGACUUCCCAGGGCAAGCUGCAAGGCCAUGGCACCCUCUACUCCGAGGCAGCGGAGCUUGACCCAGAGUUCAUGAAGUGCGUGGAUCUUGGCCGGCCGUACACGUUGGAGCACCCGUCGUGCAAAAAGUGCCAGGGCGUGCUCGCAUGCCACGACGGCAUCCAGACGUUGAAGUACAUGGCUUACACGGGGCAGUGGAAGAACAACCUGCCACACGGAACGGCUGUGCAGUACUUCAACCACAAGGGAGGGGGCGUCUACUACGGCCAGUUCGUUGAUGGCAAGCGCGACGGCCGGGGCACGUGGAGGAAGCAGGACGGUUCGUGGACGUUCGGGCCCCUCCUCGACAGAACGACGGUGAAGAAUUGGAAAAACGACAAGAUGCAUGGCUGCGGGGUCGUGGAGGAUAAGGACACGAUCUACGAGAACGUGCUGUACUCCGAGGGCAAAUGUCUGCUGCCAUUCACUGACCACGGGCCUCCAGCGACAUACUUCGAACAGACGAGGGGGUGGCAGAUUUUCUUCAAAAAGAGCCGGCGUCGCAAGCAGAAGCGACGAGGGAAAUCGCACCAGGUGAACUAUCUUGGAGGGUCUCGGCAGAAGUUGGUCAGCAUGGACUCUUACAGCCGGCAUGAUUUCGAGAACAUGGUAAGCCACGAGGACGUCAGGGCCUUGCGAAUCAACCACGCAACCAAGAUCCAGCAGGCGAUCCUUGAUGGCGAAUCGAAGACGCUGAUGCGGGAGCCGACGGAUGACGAGAUCUACCAGGAGGACGUCUUGUUCUCGGGUGGUACAGGCGAUAACGCCGUCGUCAACGGCGUGUAUUUCAAGUGCUCCAAGUCAUUCGGCCACGUGCUGUACAAGAUGGUGAAGACUGUGGAGGUUGAGGGCGUCUUCUACGGGACCAGCAAGGUACCGCAGAUCCGCUAUUUGUACAAGGACGACAUAUCCCAGAGUUGGAACAUCCAGCCGACGCCGCUCCUCGCGCCCUCGUCGGCCCCUGGGACUGUGCGGAGUCAGGACGACGCCCCAGACGACCCAGCCUCGCCGGAAGAGUGGAAGGUGUGGUACCAUCCCAAAAGGAAGCAGCUUGAGCCAGGGGAUGUUGUCAUCCCGGAGGCCGAGAAGCACAGAAAGAUGCCUGUGGACAAGAUCAGGUCACAGGGCAUUAUUGGCUUCAUGAUGUGCAACGACGAGAGGCCCUUCAACGGCUGGUGCGUCGGGCACGAUGACAUCUCGAGGAUCCUUUUCAUCAGGCAUUUCCCGCCCAUCCUGCCCUGCGCCCUCAUUCCCAAGGUCAAUGGCACGGUCGCCGAAGGCAGCGUCUACGUGCUCGACUACAAGGGCAUCGCCCAGGACCCCGCCCAGUUCUACGCGCACGAGGGGUAUUGGUGCGUCGCCUCGAAGAUCGGCGAAAGCCCAGAUAAGCCGACGCGAUUUCUUCAGGCCUUCAUUAAGGACAAGGCAGUCACGCCAGACCAGCUCGUCCAGGACGGGGAUCAGUAUUGGCACCUCCUCUGUCCAGACGGCACUUUCCAGCCACAGGCGGACAUGUGGUGCGAGAUGAUGCUGAGAGACGCGGGGGACGAGACCAGCCAGUCAGAAGGCGAGGAGGCCAAGGACUCUGCUGCAGAGGACCCGGAUGACGCGGCCGCGGCUCCCCGUGCCAUCGAGGCCGAGGGCACCCCCGACUAG